UCCUGCUUUAAGUGAAGAUGUGUUUUUGGCUAUCCCUCUCAGUGUAUUGACUGUAGAUUAUCUACAUGGGACAUAUGAAACUAGGCUGUGUGUAGGAGACAAGAGUCACCUAAAUAUCUUCCAACAACCUUUUUAAAAGUAGUAGAGUUUUCUUGGCUGUCGCCUUUUCGCAUUUAGACCCGUUCCAGCUGUGACACUGCCGCUGCACAGGGACUCAGUGGAGUGUAUCUGUAGCCCUGCCCUCGCGCGCUCCCCGCGUUUAAAAUGUGUGUGCGCGCGCGCGUGUGUGCGCGCGAGCACGCGCGUGACCCGCUAAUUCUGUUUACCGCGGAGCAGCGGAGCAGCGGAGCGCACUAGCACCAUGAUGGAUUACUGAAAGGACUAAAACAGAACCAUGCCUACUGUGUUUUAUGAAAAAGAGGAAACGUGCAGGAAUUUUUGCAUGCGUUGGUACUCAUCACGCGUAAGCAAAAAAACAACAACUCUAAUUAAUAAUUUGUAUGUAAAUUAUAUGUAGCUAGAUUUUCUUUGCUUUUUUUUUUCCACAAAAAUCUAACAUUGCAUUAAGUUGUUGAUGCAGGGUUUCUAUUAAAGCUUUAUCCAGGAUAUGAAAGUUUUUAUGCACCAAGCUGUUGCUCAGAUUCCGUGUUGUGCUGAUUGAGUUGGGACAAUGCCGGUGUUGGGAUUGCAGUGUUUACCGCAGUUUUGUCAGUUGAAACUGUUUUCCGGUUGAAGUGCAGGGCUGGUGCACUCCGUCAUCCGAAUCUCUCUGUGUCCCCGCACGGCUCUCAGCGGGUCUCCGUGCCGCGUAUGGAGCAGCCGGUAACGUCCAGAGGAGCCGCUGGAACCGCAGUGGUCUGAACCGAUAGCGUUUGCGCAAACUGAUGUCGGCAGCUGGCUAUGCACACACAUCAGCACCUGCUCCGAGGAAGAACAGUCUGAAGAAGAUUGGAAAGGUGGUGAAUCACAACAACCCCCUUAGGCGUUUUCGAGCAGAACAGAGCAGAUCUGCUUGGAUCAGACAUGACCCACUCCUGGCCUUCCCAGCAGCACCCAGUUGGAGGGGGCACAGAACGGUUUCUGUAUUCAGAUUCAAAAGAGGGAAAACGCCGCAACACUCAGCACAAGCAAGUAAGGAAUGAUGCCCCUAUAAGGAUGCCACGUGUGGCUCCUCACAAAUCCAUGCUUGCUGAUGACCUGAAGCUCAGUAGUGAUGAGGAUGAAAGUGACAAGGGACCUCACCAAAAUACAUCCUGGUCAGAAAAUCAAAACCUGUCAGGGCAGCACACACACACACAUGGCAGGAGGGCAAGACAUUCCAGCUCAGGCUCCUCAGGAUCUGAUUCCUCCAGUGAGUCUCGGAGCAGUAGCCAGCGGUCACGCAGCCCAAGCCCAGAAGCAGAGACUCAACCUGAGAUCCCCAGCCAGCCACUGCCUCAUGCCUUCAGCAAAGAGAAUCAGGAUCCCUCCUUGACACACUGGCAGUUGGACAAGUGGCUUGAGAAAGUUCACAAAACCCAACUGUCAGAUCAAGACCCAGGAGGAGGUCACAGCUCUGGUGCAGGCUUUGAUUCUGAUAGAGGACCAUCUCCAGGAAGAUACUGGGAGAGAGAUUCUGGCUUGGGAACAAGAGAAAGUUAUAGCCCAAGCCAGAGCCCUGUCCCCAGCCCUAAGUUUGACUAUAGUCCCAGGCACAGUCAUCGAUCUAGUCCGGGAUAUAGCCCUUGUCCAAGCCCAGGAACUAGCCCUGUGCCAAGCCCGGUGCCAAGUGUUUGUCCAAGCCCAGGUGCUAGUCUAAGAAUAAGUAGAAGUCCCAGUCCGUUACCUCUUCACCCACCCAGAAGCCCUAGCCCUGGUCUCACAUCUGCUCCUGCCUCUCCAAGAAUUACGUCUUAUACUCAGGUUCACCAGGAGCAUUCCAGACUUACUACACAGACUACAUUUACUUCUUGUCCUGAGCGUCAGCCUAAGGUCAGACCAUGGUUGCCACCAGACCAUAACACUCAACGUAUUAAUGAGUCUAGACAAAAAAAUUCUAGACAACCUGUUUUCUCACAGCAUCAUUCCAAACAAAGCUCAACUAUCAAAGAGACUCCACACAAGCCAAAAUUCCAAAGCAGCGAAUCUAGAUCAAAACCUAGGUCUAGUCCUGCUCCACAUCAGUCUCAUUCUAGCUCCAGGUCCCACCUCAGCCCCAAAACAAAGGCCAGGCACUUGUCUUCCACUGCACAUAUCCAAAGAUCCAGUGAUCAUAACAGCAAAUUGAGUCAGAGUUUAAAUUCCCAGUCAAAGCCCAACCCCACAUCCAAACUUAGGACUGAGACAAGCAGUCACUCGGCUCACAGUUCCAGUUCUAGGCCAACACCUCGGUCUGCCCUAGACAUUUCAGGUAGGUCUCUCUCAAAACCUAGCUCAAGACUUAGCCUUAGCACAAAACCAAAACCAAAAUCCAGAGAAGAAUCUGUGCCUGGCACUAAGACUUCUCAAAAGGAGCAAAAGCAGAGGGAACGAGAGCCAGAUUUGAAUAGCCAGGGUAAGGCCCAGGUAAGAACUCACAUCCAAUCUACAGAAGUUCAAAGACAUAGGAGACUGGCGGAGGAGCAGCUAACAAGGCAACGCUGGGUUCAGAGUUCUGGAGAAGAAGAGGAGGAAGAGGAACGGAGAAAAGAGCAAGGAGAGAGAGAAAGGAAGAGGAGGAGGAGGAAGGAACAUAAUACUGAAUGGCAAGCAGUACAGCCCAAGCAGAGACCCCACACUAGUCACAACAGUCAGUAUCAGCCCCGACCUGAAAGCAGUGGACCUGAGCGGGAAGACCAGAAGAGGAAGAAGAGGAGGAGGAGCAGUGAAGAACACUCAUCCAACCCUGGAGUUAUAGAGUCCAACCCUUCUCCUCCAUUAUCCCCACCCUCUCCUACUCCAGUUGUCCGACCUACACGGCAACCUGUUACCUCUUCUUCUUCCUCUUCUUCUUCUUCGUCUUCGUCUUCAUCUUCCUCCGAAUCCGACUCUGAGCCCAGGCUGCCUCCAAACGUUGCCAAAGUACCAGCAGACUCUACAUCCAGCCAGAGACCGGCACCAAGGCAGAGGCAUCAGGAGCAGUGCAGACCCUCUGUGCUGAGAUCAAAUGACAUUUCUCCCGAUGAAGGGCAACAGCUUCCAGGCAAACACAAACUCUACACACUGGUGCCAUUUGGCCGUACUGAAAAGUCCACCGCUGUAUCUCAUCGAGGACUAAGGAACCUUGUAGUCAAAAUAGACCUCUCACUUCUGUCCAGAGUUCCUAACACAAGUGAGGUUCCACACAGAGGAUCUUCAUCAUCAUCAUCAUCAUCAUCAUCAGCUAAAGCUAAAGAAAAGACAUCCAUGAGGCAUCAGUACCAUCAAGACCAAAAAUCUGGAGAUGCCAAAAUCAAACGGAAGGCUGAGAAUGGAGAGACUCAAAGGGAGAGUAAGAGAAGCCAUGUGCACACCGAAAAGCUCGCAGUUUCCAUGCACUCAGCUGACACUGAAAAGCAGGACGCUCAUUCCAACAGACAGAAUGACCAUCAUGCAGAUUAUAUUUAUACCAAGAAGCCACUGUCACCACUCUCUCCUCCAUCUGCUUCAAAGAUGGCACAUUCAGAUCAGCAACACACAAACCCACCAAGAGACAGAGACUCCACUGUGAAAAAAACACAGCAGAUACAAAAAGCUCGGCCCAAGGUUGAAGUGGAAUGUGCUGGAGUGUCAGGAAACACACAGCCCCCUUCUGGAAACUGGGCUCCAUCCUCAAAGGAACCAUCCUACAGAGGAACUGUGCCUUACACUGAUGUCUCACACCAUGCAGAGUACUACAUGCAUGAAGCGAAAAGACUGAAGCACCGAGCUGAUGCUAUGGUGGAUAAACUAGGGAAAGCUGUGAAUUAUGUGGAUGCUGCUUUGUCGUUUAUGGAGUGUGGCAAGGCCAUGGAAGAAGGGCCCCUGGAAGCUAAGUCUCCUUAUACAAUGUAUGCAGAAACUGUGGAGCUUAUUAGAUAUGCCAUGAGGCUAAAGAAUCACACCAGCUCUGGAGCCAGGCAGGAGGACAAACAGCUGGCUGUACUUUGUUUCCGUUGUCUUGCUCUUCUGUAUUGGCAAAUGUUUCGGCUGAAAAAAGACCAUGCCCUGAAAUACUCCAAAGCUUUGACAGACUACUUCAAGACUUUACCAAAACUGCCUGACAUGCCACCUCCCUGGAGUGAUACCAAAAAGGGAAAUGGUCCUCCAACUUGCAUAUCCCCUGGUGGUUUAACUGGGUCCCAACCUGCCACCACUUUCAACUACCCUUUCAUUAACAUUCCCUAUCGUAUCCACCAGAUGGCAGCAAAUCACCUCAAUAUCACCAACAGUGUGCUUUACAGUUAUGAGUACUGGGAGGUAGCUGAUACCUUGGCCAAGGAAAACAAAGAGUUUUUUAACUACUUGAACACACUGACUGGACCUCUGACGCUACACAGCAGCAUGGCUCAUAUUGUCCAGUACACAAGACAAGGGCUACAGUGGAUAAGGAUUAGUGCCAAUUUGUCCUAGCUUUCAGACUCCACCACAUCGAUGGCUCUACUGUAUUACCCACUGUAACUUGAACCGACAUUCAACUUUUACCUGCCAGUCUGAAAGAGAGCAAAAGACAAUUCACUCACCUUUAAGCCAUAUUAAGAAUCUAUUUCUCAAGAAAAAGAAAAUCCACAUUUACAGUAUAACAGGACUUUAAAAGCCCUUGUGGGGAUGUUACAUAAAAUUCUUGUUUUGCUAUCUUUUUCUUACUACAAUUACGGGUCAUCAGAGAAGUCAUUUUUCUUCAUAACAGCCCACAAUCAAAAAACAGAUUUCUUUUUUUAUUAAAAUGGAGAUGAUGUUCUAUAAGAAAGUAUGAAUAUCUGUUAUAAUGUUACACAUUUGUACUAAUUGUACUUAGUACUAAGAUUGUUACUUUGCCAAAACUGCCACAUUUUUAUAAAAUGUGGUGAAGAAACCCUUCUUAAUGUGUAAUAAUAUAUAAAAUGAUGGUUUUAUGGUUAAUUAUUAUGGUUAUUUCAUUAGAUUUUGGCAUUUGCUGGCAUAUGUACAUAAACAGGACAUUUUUUAUGUUGUCAUAUUUUUGUAUUUUAAAUGUUAUUUUUUAAAUGUCCUUAAAGCACUGUGAAUGUUGUCGACAUUUUUCUAAAAAUGAAUUUUAUAAAGAUUUUUUGUG